AUGACAGCCGACGUGCGCAGCGCCGCCGCAGGCAUUCUAUCCGCGGAGCCUACGCGUGACCCAAGCUACGAUGACUUUUCCUUCACCCCCUUCCUACGAAAAAGCUUUGGAUUUGGCCUUGCUAGCGACGUGCCUGUCUGCAAGGCAUACGGUGAGGGACAUUGCCCGCUGGGCCCAGCCUGCCCAGACCGACAUCCGACCCCUUCUCGCGUCACUACGUCCACUACCACCGCCUCCGGCCUGGCCCCGUCUACGACCCACGGGUCUUUGGUGUGCAAACAUUUUCUCAAGGGUCUCUGCAAGAAGGGCGUGAAGUGCGAGUAUCUGCACGAGUACAAUCUUCGUCGUAUGCCCGAAUGUCAAUCCUUCUCACGGUCCGGUUACUGUCCCAACGGUGAUGAUUGUUUAUACCAGCACGUUCGGGAGGAAGCCCGACUUCCGCCUUGUGAACACUAUGAUCGAGGAUUUUGCGAGCUUGGACCUCUUUGCGCCAAGCGCCACGUUCGACGUCGUCUCUGCCUAUUCUACCUGGCCGGAUUUUGCCCAGAAGGCAAAGCAUGUCCAGAUGCGCAUCCUCGGUGGCCGGAAAAUCUGCCUCGUCCUACGAUUCGAACGGAAAAAACGGAAGAAGAACUCGAGCAUGAGCGAACACUCAUUCGGGAAGAGCAGGAGCGUGAGAAAGAAAGAGAGCGCGAAUGGCGUAGUGAACGUGGACGUGGCGGUGGAUUCAUGCGAGGGCGGUAUCGCGGACGAGGUAGGGGCUGA